UUCCGUCAACUCAUGGUGGGCUAUAAAAGUGCCGGAGAACCUGGAUUCCAUCACACAAUCGCCAUCAUCCGCAAGCCGUGCAAUGAUCUAUACAAUUUUGGUGCUCUGUCUGCUGGGCAGCGGUCUAUCUCAGGCAGCUCAAUUGGUUCAGGAGCAGGAUCUCAACGAUAAGGAUCUUCCCCGUUUGGCUGGAAUCUAUGUAAAGGAUGGCAACGAGAAUGGUCAAUUGAGAUUCCUUGCCUCAGGACUCUCCAGUAGCAGCAACUCCAACACCGGGCUCAAUUCGGCCCUUAAUCAGUAUAUCACCAACAAGCAGGAUAUGCUGGAGCAACUGCGUCCUGCGACCACAUCAACGGGCACUGGUCUCUCCACAGUGACUGGAACUACAACUACUGGAACUGGAACUGCAACUGCAAGUAAUCUGGUGACCACGACUGGAAAUGGAGCCAUCUAUGUGAAUCUUGGCAAUGCUGGCUCCUCAUCCUCCUCCUCCUCCUCAUCCACGUCGGCCACCAAUUCGGCCAUCAAUCAGGCCAUCUAUGGCUCUUCACCGAUUGCUGAUCUGUUGCCACAGAUUGUGGGUCAGGCGGUGGCCAGUCGUAGGCGUCCCGUUAACAGGAGGCGUGUUCCCGCCGGCAAUAGGCGUCGGGUCAAUAAGAGGCGUGGCAGCGUUAACAAUAACAACCAGAUCCAGCGACGUCGGCGACGUGGCAACAACAGGGGCAAGAACAAGGCCCAGGUUAUGGUGGUGCGUCCAAAUCGCGGCUAA